AUGUCGUCUGAAAACAAAAACGAACAAGCUGCUGCUGCCGAUAAGAACGAAGUUCCAGCUGAGAAGAAAGUAAUCGCCAACGGUGUUACUGGAACUGUCAAAUGGUUCAACGUUAAGAACGGAUACGGCUUCAUCAACCGUGACGACAAUAAGGAAGACAUUUUUGUUCACCAAACUGCCAUCGCGAACAACAAUCCCAAGAAAUACCUUAGAAGUGCUAAGGGCCCAGAAGCGUCUAAUGUAACUGGACGUGAAGGAGGACCAGUAAAGGGAUCUAAGUAUGCUGCUGACAUUGAUGGAGAGACCAAUGGACGAGGAUACCGUCGUAGGGCUUUCUAUCGUGGUGGACGUCGUGGAGGUCCACGUGGAAACGGAGACCGUGAUAGUGAAGCAGAACCUCAAGGAGGAGAAGAAGGAGGUCAACGUAGAUCAUUCCGUGGUCGUGGUGGACGCAGAGGACGUGGUGGACGUCGUGGUCCCCCUCGCAAUGAUGCUGGAGACAGCAGCGACGGUCAAACCAACGACAAUGGAGAGAAUUCUGAUGGCGGUAACAACGGCGGACGUGGUGCUAGACGUGGUCGUGGAGGCCGUGGUCGCGGAGGCCGUGGUGGACGUGGUGGACGCGGAGGAGAUAAGGGAGAGAAUGCCAAUCCACCUGAUGUCAAGGCAUAA